AUGGCUCAGAAAGGAGUUCAGCUGGACACAGAAACCUUCUCCUGCUCCAUCUGCCUGGAUGUCCUGAAGGACCCGGUGACUAUUCCCUGUGGACACAGCUACUGCAUGAGCUGCAUCAAAGCCCACUUUGAUGGAGAGGAUCAGAAGGGACUUCACAGCUGCCCUCAAUGCAGGAAACGCUUCACACCGAGGCCCGUCCUGGUAAGAAACACCAUGUUAGCAGAUUUAGUGGAGCAGCUGAAGAAGACUGGACUCCAAGCUGCUCCUGCUGACCACUGCUAUGCUGGACAUGAAGAUGUGGCCUGUGAUUUCUGCUCUGGGAGAAAACUGAGAGCCAUCAAGUCCUGUUUGAGCUGUGUGGCCUCUUACUGUGAGGAACACCUUCAGCCUCAUUAUGAUGUGACUCCAUUAAAGAAGCACAAGCUGGUGGAGCCCUCCAAGAAGCUCCAGGAGAACAUCUGCUCUGUCCACGAUGAGGUGAAGAAGCUUUUCUGCCGCACUGAUCAGAAGUCCAUCUGUGUUGUCUGUGCGAUGAGCUCCCACUGA